GUGCAGCCUGGAUAGGGGAAAUGGUUGGAAAAUAUUCUGAACAGACCUAGCGUGGGCAAGCAACUGGCCGGAAGUGGCAGAGCCCCGGCGGAGUUAGGACCCAGAUCCUCCGUACGUCUAGAGUCUACGUCACCAGGACUCCGCCCCAGGGUCGGCGUCGGAGCUGAGACCCCGCAGGUUCCAAACUCUCCCCGCGCCCCCUGCUGCGCACACUCAGUCCGACCCUGCCCGCGCACCGCCCACCCAGGUCCUCGGGCGCCAGCGAGUGUGCUCACAGGGGAAACUGAGGCAGGGAGUGUGCUUAUGAGUCUGUCCCCUCCUCGGUCCACAUCCCAGGGCCAGCAAAGCUGCCCCCCCCCUCCUUCAAGCCGCAUGGAACAGCAAGGAAGAACGGGAGGAAGGGGAGGGGGCCCACAGCAAGCAGGGUAUAAGGAGUCGGCCGGUCCUGCCACACUCAAGAUGGCGGCGCAGCAGCGGCGAGGCCCCUCAAAGGCGGUACCAGCGCAUGCGCAGCGCGGAGUCCCGGCCCGGGACACAAGAUGGCGGCAGCGGCGCUGGGGAGGGCGAGGCGGAGGCGGCAAAACGGGCGGUCGAGCAGAACGUGUAGCCGCGUCCCCUCGAGUCCGCUGCGGGCAGUUGCUGACGCGAGGAAUCCCCUGGGACCCCGUCCACUCCACUGCUGAGCAACCACCUGCCCACUGAGCUCUCCUGCAGGCCUGCCCACUGCCUCUGUGGGACCCUGUGACGUGGGGGUCUGUCUGGCCGGAGAAGAAAACCCUCUCAUGCUAGCGUUGCAGACCCCAGAGGGUGAGAGAAAGAGGGACUUCGUUCAGCCUUGAGACCUGUGGGCUCAGCCCCAGGGCACCGGGAAUUCCUCCUCCCCAGAGAACCAAGGCAGCUCCCCUUGGUCCGGUGUGGGUGCUGACAUGGCCAAUGAGAAUCACGGCAGUCCCCGGGAGGAGGCGUCCCUGCUGAGUCACUCCCCGGGCACCUCCAAUCAGAGCCAGCCCUGUUCUCCAAAGCCCAUCCGCCUGGUGCAGGACCUCCCAGAGGAGCUGGUGCAUGCAGGCUGGGAGAAGUGCUGGAGCAGGAGAGAGAACCGUCCCUACUACUUCAACCGAUUCACCAACCAGUCCCUGUGGGAGAUGCCCGUGCUGGGCCAGCAUGACGUAAUUUCGGACCCUUUGGGGCUGAAUGCGACCCCCCUGCCCCAAGAUUCAAGCUUGGUGGAAACCCCCCCGGCUGAGAACAAGGCCCGAAAGCAGCAGCUCUCGGACGAGCAGCCCAGUGGCAAUGGCGUGAAGAAGCCCAAGAUUGAAAUUCCCAUGACACCCACAGGACCGUCGGUGCCCAGCUCCCCCAGUGUCCCAGGAACCCCAACACUGAAGAUUUGGGGGACAUCCCCUGAAGAUAAACAGCAGGCGGCUCUCCUCCGACCCACUGAGGUCUACUGGGAUCUGGACAUUCAGACCAACGCCGUCAUCAAGCACCGGGGGCCUUCAGAGGUGCUUCCUCCACAUCCCGAGGUGGAGCUGCUCCGUUCCCAGCUCAUCCUGAAGCUCCGGCAGCAUUACCGGGAGCUGUGCCAGCAGCGAGAGGGCAUUGAGCCCCCUCGGGAAUCCUUCAACCGCUGGAUGCUGGAGCGCAAGGUCGUGGACAAAGGCUCUGAUCCCCUGUUGCCAAGCAACUGCGAACCGGUUGUGUCACCUUCCAUGUUUCGAGAAAUCAUGAAUGACAUUCCCAUCAGGUUAUCCCGAAUCAAGUUCCGGGAGGAAGCCAAGCGCCUGCUCUUCAAAUACGCAGAGGCUGCCAGGCGGCUCAUUGAGUCUAGGAGUGCAUCCCCCGACAGCAGGAAGGUGGUCAAGUGGAACGUGGAGGACACCUUCAGCUGGCUGCGGAAGGACCACUCUGCCUCCAAGGAGGACUACAUGGAUCGCCUGGAGCAUCUACGGAGGCAGUGUGGCCCCCAUGUCUCGGCCGCAGCCAAGGACUCGGUGGAAGGCAUCUGCAGUAAGAUCUACCACAUCUCCCUGGAGUACGUCAAACGGAUCCGAGAGAAGCACCUUGCCAUCCUCAAGGAAAACAACAUCCCAGAGGAGGUAGAGGCCCCCGAGGUGGAGCCCCGCCUGGUGUACUGCUACCCAGUGCGGCUGGCCGUGUCUGCGCCUCCCAUGCCCAGCGUGGAGAUGCAUAUGGAGAACAACGUGGUCUGCAUUCGGUACAAGGGCGAGAUGGUCAAGGUCAGCCGCAACUACUUCAGCAAGCUGUGGCUCCUUUACCGCUACAGCUGCAUUGAUGAUUCUGCCUUUGAGAGGUUCCUGCCCCGAGUCUGGUGUCUUCUCCGACGGUACCAGAUGAUGUUCGGCGUGGGCCUCUACGAGGGGACAGGCCUGCAGGGAUCGCUGCCUGUGCACGUCUUCGAGGCCCUUCACCGACUUUUCGGCGUCAGCUUCGAGUGCUUCGCCUCGCCCCUCAACUGCUACUUCCGCCAGUACUGCUCUGCCUUCCCUGACACAGAUGGCUACUUUGGCUCCCGCGGGCCCUGCCUGGACUUCUCCCCGCUGAGUGGUUCCUUCGAGGCCAACCCUCCGUUCUGCGAGGAGCUCAUGGAUGCCAUGGUAUCUCACUUCGAGAAACUGCUCGAGAGCUCGCCAGAGCCCCUGUCCUUCAUCGUGUUCAUCCCUGAGUGGCGGGAACCCCCGACACCGGCGCUCACCCGCAUGGAGCAGAGCCGCUUCAAGCGCCACCAGCUGGUCCUGCCUGCCUUCGAGCAUGAGUACCGCAGUGGCUCCCAGCACAUCUGCAAGAAGGAGGAAAUGCACUACAAGGCUGUGCACAACACAGCCGUGCUCUUCCUACAGAACGAGCCCGGCUUUGCCAAGUGGGGGCCGACGCCUGAGCGGCUGCAGGAGCUGAACACGGCCUACCGGCAGUCAGGCCGCAGCCAUGGCUCCGGCGGCUCCUCAUCGUCCUCCUCAGAGGCCAAGGACCGGGACUCAGGCCGCGAGCAGGGCCCCAGCCGCGAGCCUCACCCUACUUAACACAUCCUGCGGGGAGGAGGAGCCCCAGAGUGCUGGUAUGGACUGCUGGGACUCAGGCCUCUCGGGGCUGAGUGGACCCUAGGACUCUCCCUCUGGGGGGCGGCAGGACUCAGGCUGCCAAUGACAUAGGAAGAUUAUGGCUCUGCCAGGGCUCCCCCUCCCUGCCCCCAACUCCCACCUUCCCAUCUCAGACUCACUCCAAGGCCCUUGUAAAUAGGCCCUAUGCCUUCCCUUCCUUUCCCCACCCCCAUCCUGUUGCCACCUUGUUUCAUUUGUAAAAGGAAAUACAGAUUCCCCCCCCCCCAAGAAUGUGUGAGGGUCUUGAGGGCAGAGAAGGCUGCAGAACCUGGAGCUCCUUCUGGGACCACACCCCUAUACCUCCAGGCUCACCUUCUCCUGACCCCUGGGCCUUCACACCCUAAUCCAGGGCUCUGGCAUUUAACUUCUCAUCCCGCUGUCCCCACAGCUGGGCCCCGCGCUCGUACCCCUGGGGAGCAGCAGGUAGGUAGCUGUGUCCAGGUAGAAAGCUAGACCCUUGUUGGCCCUGGAGCCACCAAAGGGAGUGGGAAGCCAGGUAUGUAUGUUUUACAGUUGAGGGUCAGAAGGAAGAGCGGCUCAGAGCCACCAGGUCUUAGGGUUUGGCAUCGGUACAGGCACCUGGCUGUGUUCUGAGGAUCUCUGGGCAUGGUGCCAGUGCUACCCUGGGGCUGGGAAGGAAGCAGGGUCUGAAGGUGCUCAGUGGGGUUCUCACCAGCUUAGCCAUCUCCCAGUUAUCAGGCCUCUGCCCCAAGCAAGGGUCUGCCUUGCUGCUGGGCCACUGUACUUACAGAGCCCAGGCAACAGACACCACAGGGCUGGGCAGCCUCCACCUCACUCCCCUCCUUGUGGGCUGUUAACGGGCUCCUCCUGCUUCCUAAGUCCUUGCUGGGUUCAGGCUGUAGCAGCAAGUGGACAAAGUGAGCGGGCCAGGGCUGGACGCUGGUCCCUUUAUUGAGACUGAGGGUCCAAACAAAAAAUAAACCUCUCUUCCAAAGCCUGCCUGCAGGCUGGGGCCCCAGCAUGUCCUGGCUGGGGCCCAUGGCUGUCCCCUACCCUCAGCAGCACAGAUCUGGCUCCCCAGGAGUGACAGGAUGCUGGCUGCUAGUAUCUGAGACCCUAGGUGGAGCAGGGAGUCAGUCCCCGUGGGCCCCUCACCCCCAGCUGGGCUGGCCCCAAUAUCCAUGGUCUGAGUUGGAUCCCUG